AUCUGACGCGGACCAGGAAGUGUUUUCCCUGGCUUUGUAUUGUGUUUUAUAGCGAGCUAAAUGCUUGCUAGCAAUGAAGAUCGAGUGAGGAAGACUUUGAUAACUGCGAAUAUUCAAUUUGGCUUUGUUUGGAAGAUAAGAUUAUCAUCGCAAAACCUACUGGUUUGUCGAGCAAUAUUAUUUGGGUGCUGUUGUUAGCCAGCGUAAUAGUGUACUGCUAAAUUAGUAUGUAUCCAGGUUGGAUUUAGCAAUCAACUCAAGCAAAGUAUGUCAUUCUUCUAACUGUUUGUGUACGUCAUAUGUUUUGGUGCCUUCACCAGUCAUGCUAGAUGUCUACCGCUUGAAUGACAGACGUACAUAACCCCACCUGUAGCCUCCACCAUGGGCCAAAGAAGAAGAGGGGUGGCUGUGCACCUCCGAACCACAAGCAAAGGCUCUGGUGUCCCCACCGCUACGGCCACUUUCCGCGGCUCCGCCAAACACAACAUUUGCAUGGUGUCUGACUUCUUCUAUCCUAAUAUGGGUGGAGUGGAGAGCCACAUAUACGAGCUGUCCCAAUGUCUCAUUGAGAAAGGGCACAAGGUGGUUGUGGCCACCCAUGCUUAUGGCAACAGGACAGGGAUUCGCUACCUGACCAAUGGGCUCAAGGUGUACUACCUGCCCCUCCAGGUGAUGUACAACCAAUCUACCAUCACCACCUGCCUCCACAGCCUGCCUUUGCUGCGCUGUGUGUUCGUCAGGGAGCGCAUCUCUGUGGUGCAUGCGCACAGUUCCUUCUCCGCCAUGGCCCAUGAUGCACUGUUCCACGCCAAGACCAUGGGUAUCAACACCGUGUUCACCGACCACUCUCUCUUCGGAUUCGCUGACGUGAGCUCAGUGCUGACCAAUAAGCUACUGACGGUGACGCUGUGCGACACCAAUCACAUUGUGUGCGUGUCGUACACCAGCAAGGAAAACACGGUGCUGAGAGCGGGGCUCAACCCAGAGAUCGUCUCUGUCAUCCCCAACGCCGUGGAGCCCACAGACUUCACCCCUGACCCAUCCCAACGCCAAGAGGACUCCAUCACCAUAGUGGUGGUCAGCCGCCUCGUCUACCGCAAAGGUAUUGAUCUCCUCGGUGGUAUUAUUCCAAAACUCUGUCUGAAACAUCCUGAUCUACAUUUCCUCAUUGGGGGAGAGGGGCCAAAGAGGAUUGUGUUGGAGGAAGUGCGAGAGAAAUACCAGCUCCAUGACAGGGUCCGUCUGCUCGGGGCUCUGGAACACAAAGACGUGCGAGGAGUUCUGGUGCAAGGCCACAUCUUCCUCAACACCUCCUUGACAGAGGCCUUCUGCAUGGCCAUAGUGGAGGGGGCCAGCUGUGGUCUACAGGUGGUCAGCACCCGAGUAGGGGGCAUCCCGGAGGUUCUGCCGGAGGAUCUGAUCACCCUCUGCGAGCCCAACGUGCGUUCUCUGUGCGAAGGCCUGGAGAGCGUCAUCGCCAGGCAACGGGCGGGCACCGUCCCCUCGCCCGCCUCCAUCCACGCCCGGGUGGGCACCCUUUACACCUGGAGGAACGUGGCCGAGCGGACGGAAAAGGUCUAUGACAAGGUGGUGGGACAGGAGGUCCUUCCCCUGGACAGAAGGUUGUUCAGAUUGAGGUCUCACUGUGGCCCCGUGGCCGGCGCCAUCUUCUCCUUCAUGGCCAUCCUUGACUUCCUCUUCCUGCUCCUCCUUCAGUGGCUCCGCCCAGACAGUGUCAUGGACGUUGCCAUGGACGCCACAGGCCCCCAGGGGUGGUGGCGGAGGGUAUUGGAUUGUAGAAAAAGUAUUACUUCGAAAAGUGCCAUGACGAAGGACCCAGCUGUGGGCCAGACCAGAUUAUGACAUUGGCCAACCUGCAGCACAGCCACACACUCCUCCUAAACAAUCCUACUGACAUCUACAGACACUACUACCCCUACUAGUAGGAGUGUAAGUGUAACUGACUGUUAUGAUCUGUAGGUGCUUAACAAGCAUUCAACUGUGUUCAGACCACUGGUGUUGCAUAUCAAUAGAGUACCAGUUUAAGGACCAUCUGUAGAUUGCUUCUCACAUUAAAGCGAUGCCAGUUUGUCUUGCUCAGGUAAAGAUGGGUGUGGAUAAGGUUAGGACUUACACAUCACAUAGAGAUCCAACUUUUUUAAACCCUUGCUUUAACCCUGGAAAUUUGUAUACUUUAUUUUUUGAUUAUUUUUUUGGUUUACUGCACUGAAUAAAGAAGGGAGGGGGGGGGGGUGAUAGUACUGGAUCGUCCAGUGAGAAAGGAAGGAAAGGAUACUUGCCAUUCAGAGACCAAGGAAGAAGCACUCCUAGUGUUUGCUACAACAGGAAUUCAGGAUCAAUUGUGUUUGUACUCAGACCUUACAAUGUUCCUAUUUCGGUGUUUCAUAUAUUUACAAAGUUACCAUCUCUAAUUUAUACAACUUGGAUUAGUUUUCAGAUUGUAUGAUUUCACUGAUGUUUGUCAUGACUCAGGAGGCAUCUUUGUUUAGGACUCAUGUAAUGGAUAUCUUUAUGCAAAUCAAGGCUUUUUGGUCUGUGUGAAAUGAGGGAAAAAUCUGUUUUAUUAUAUUUUCUUUUGGGAAAUCAAAUAAUGUACUACCUGUCACAUUGCUUUUAAUAGUGGUGGGUGUAAGAUCAUAUUAUUGGAAGAUGUAUCCUGAUAUUGUCUUUGGCACAGUUUUCUGAGUUGCUUUGCAAAGUUACUAACGUCAACCCUCCUGAAGAUUAAAUCAUUGUGUACAUGA